CUGGAUACCUGGACGAACGCGAACGGAGACGCGCGCGCUCACGUGUGCGUGUUUGCGCGUGCAGAGCGUCUAUGUGUGUGCUCGAGCUGGGUGAGUCCAGACUGCAGACGGCAGAGAAAUCGACUCACUGCUGUGAUUUUAAAGGACAGACGGAGAAUCUCAGAAUUUUUUUUACUCUUUCAGCUCAUCGAUCAGCCGAUAGAUGAAGAAUAUGGUGAUGUCUGUGAUCAUAUGAAGAGUUUAUAGGUGCAAAUGUGUGCUGGUCGUCUGUGGUUCUAUUAAGAUUUCAUUACACGGAUACUUCGCUCGAUAUGAAACAAUCCGAGGCGUUUCUGGACGGAUCGUUGCGUUUUAUGAGAUGUAAAUACCAGUGUUUGUGUUACUGCAGGUACAGAACAAUGCUGUAACCGGUAGGAUGGUAGCAGGGGAAGUGAGUGGGCACAGCUUCCUGGUGGCAUGCUGGCAGCCCAUUCUGAUAUUAAUGCUGGGCACAGUGCUGUCUGGCUCUACCACAGGCUGCCCAUCACGCUGCGAGUGUAACCCACAAGAGCGCUCAGUCAUGUGCCACCGCAAGAAACUAAUGUCCGUUCCAGAGGGAAUCCCGUCAGAAACACAACUUUUGGACCUCAGCAAGAAUCGAAUCAAAACCAUCAACCCUGAUGAGUUCUCUACCUUCCCAAACCUGAAAGAACUGGAGCUCAGUGAAAACACAAUCUCCGCCAUUGAGCCUGGAGCAUUUAACAAUCUCUACAGCCUGCGGACUCUGGGACUUCGCAGCAACAAGUUGAAGCUCAUCCAGUUGGGUGUGUUCACAGGCCUCAGUAACCUAACAAAUCUGGACAUCAGUGAAAAUAAGAUUGUUAUUCUGUUGGACUACAUGUUCCAGGACCUCUAUAACCUGCGCUCGCUGGAGGUGGGUGAUAACGACCUUGUCUUUAUAUCCCACCGGGCAUUUCAUGGCCUCAGCAGCUUGGAGCAGCUCACGCUAGAAAAGUGCAACCUGACCUCUGUCCCGACAGAGGCCUUCACACACUUGCACAGCUUGGUUAUGCUGCGUUUACGAAACCUCAACAUCAACAGCAUCAAAGACUACAGCUUCAAGCGACUAUACCGUCUCAAAGUGCUAGAGAUCGCCAACUGGCCCUACCUGGAUACAAUGACCACCAACUGCUUGUACGGAUUGAACCUCACAUCUCUAACGAUCACCAAUGCAAACCUGACGUCAAUUCCGUAUUUGGCUUUGCGACACCUAGUUUAUCUUCGGUUCCUCAACAUGUCCUACAACCCCAUCCAGAUGAUUGAAGGCAACCGGCUUCAUGACCUGCUCAGGUUGCAGGAGUUGUACCUGGUGGGCGGACGACUGACAAUGAUCGAACCGUAUUCUUUCAGAGGACUCAACUACCUGAAAAUCCUUAAUGUGUCCAGCAAUGCCCUGACCACCCUGGAAGAGUCUGUAUUUCAUUCGGUGGGAAACCUGGAGACACUUGCAUUGUACGAUAACCCACUGGCGUGCGAUUGCCGGCUACUUUGGGUCUUCCGACGUCGUUGGCGACUCAACUUCAACCGCCAGCAGCCCACAUGCUCCUCACCCGAGUUCGUUCAGGGUAAAGAGUUUAAAGAUUUCCCUGAUGUCCUUCAACCCAAUUACUUCACGUGUCGCAAGUCAAGGAUUCGAGAACGGAAGCCGCAGCAGAAGUUCGUUGACGAAGGUACAACUCUACACUUUGUGUGCCAAGCAGAUGGAGACCCAACACCCAUUAUCUUGUGGCUAUCCCCGCAUAAACAGUUUAUCACCACCAAAACAAUAGGUCGGCUUACCGUUUUCCCUGACGGAACUCUGGAGGUGCGCUACGCUCAGAUUCAGGACAACGGAACGUACGUGUGCAUUGCUAGUAAUGCUGGUGGAAAUGAUACCGCUUUGGCCCACCUUCACGUCCACAGCUACUCCCCAGAUUGGCCCAAUCAACCCAACAAAACCUUGGCCUUCAUCUCCAAUCAACCGAAUGAUAAUGGAACCAAUGGAACGAGAGGCACAGUCCCAUUUCCAUUUGAUAUAAAGACGCUAAUUAUCGCCACCACCAUGGGAUUCAUUUCCUUUUUGGGUGUCGUUCUGUUCUGCUUGGUUCUCCUCUUCCUCUGGAGUAGAGGCAAAGGCAACAGCAAACACAACAUUGAAAUAGAGUAUGUCCCACGUAAAUCGGAUGCUGGGAUGAGCAGCAGUGGUGCUGAUGCCCCUCGUAAAUUUAACAUGAAAAUGAUAUAAUCCAGCCCGGGUGCUCAAAGGACCCUUUCAAAAACAGACUUAUAAAGACAGAAACAAAAGAAUCCCUGCCUGAAGAACCUCUGACUCUGGAGAGAGCUCCCCAUAGAGGAAGCGUGUUUUCCCUCUCUCGAAUCAAAAGACGGAUGUGUGGCAGAGGGGCCCGUGCUGUUGUUCAGUAUUGAACAUAAGAGAGGGAAAAAUUUUCCCUCAUGCACACUCCACUUAAACUCCGCCUACGGGGACCAAUAUCUUGAAAUGAUUUUGUUUGAGAGCACUUAAUUUCCUGUGGAUUUUUAUGGGCAAAAAUAUGAAAAACAAAUGGAACCUCCCAAAAUGUUCUGUGUCGACCUUCAGAAUGCAAAAGCAGAGCGUUCUUAUCCCUGCUGCCUGCAUCCUCUUUGUUUGUUUGUUUGUUUAUUCGUUUAACCCAUUUGUUUGUUUUUUACUAAAGCAAAUAGUUUUAUGACAGAAAAACUGUAGAUAUUUCAGGGGUGAAAGCACAGUAACAAAACUAACAGCUGAAUUUGCCCAACAUCUUCUAGAUUAUGUCAAACCGCACAAUGUGGAAUAUAAUAGAUUCUGUUGGAUACAAGUCCUGCCAUAUAGUUCCAGAAAUGUUUAUAGCAAAACUUUCAUGGAACAUUUCUUUCUUUGUACCUGUACUCUGCUGUUUCUUUUUACUUUGUAUUGGAUUUCUGUUUUAGAUGUAUUUGUUGAGUAAGUUGAGGAGAUUUAAUUAAAGGAACAUCAAAGCAUUGUAGUAACACCUGGAUAACCACAUUUAUUGGUUAGAAGAUUGGCAAGGUAAAACAGUUGCAAUUAUGUGAUGUUUUUAUUUUCAUUUUUUAACCAAUUUUUUAUUUGAUUUCAUGUAGCCUGCAGUGAGCAUUUCUGUUGUGCCAGGUCAUAUUUUAACCCAUUUACAACAACGCAUGUUCGCAUUCUUAUGUAACAUGCCAAUUCCUCUGUUAAAGCUUUGGAUCAACAAGUUUUAUUCCCCCAAAAGCAACACUGAGACAGUUUUUGAGAGGAUGUGUCAUUUCAUAAAAAGGUGUCAAUGUGUUCGACAGCCCAAAAUCACACUCACUUGCUACCACUGCUGGGUCUCACACCAUGAGAACAUUUUCCACCAUCGGGCCGAACGGUUCUCGCAGUUGGCGCGGUUCUGGUUUCACUGUGCUUCAAUGUACAUAACAGAUACUGCACUUCAGUUGACGACGGCGUCAGAGGUCAACAUUUGAGCGAGUGUGCUAUAGAAGAUGAUUGCAUAUUCCAGUUUUUAGGACUGCUGUUUCCCCUGGUUUGUACUCUGUUAAAGCAAAGGAAAGACACGUCCCGUUUCGAAAAAUGUCAAGCCAAGAGAAAAAGGCGAGAGGUUUAACAUUAUUUGCUGAGGGGCGGUGCAUGCAACCUGACAUGAACAUACAUAGAGGUAAAAGUUCCCAGACUAGCUUAAAAAGACAUUUAGGGUGUGUUCACACUUGUUGUUCGGUUCCCUUGGUCUGGGCCAAAAAUGAAAAUGAUACAUUUAGUCGUGGUUUGUUUAGCGUUCACACUGGCAUUUUUAACACUGAACCUAACAAUACAAAACCAAAGGCAUCAGGGAAAAGUCACGACCUGAUUGGACAGAAUUUAUGACGUAUAUUUUUUGACGGAACUUUGGCGAUAUUUUGAUAUUUUGGCGAAAUGCGCUCGUUGGAUGUAUAUAUGUAUAUAUGGUGGUAUUCUUACCAGCUGAGAACAAACGAAGAGUUAAUAAAAUGUGUAAAGGAGUCAAAACAGUGCCAGGGAUUCCUCCGUUGUACACACAAAGGAAGAUAUGCUGCAAGGACAGCUGACGGGGGGUUCUGACGCCAGUAUGGAACCGUAAUGGGAAACAUAGCUCCUAUGAUAAGAAGAACCAGGUAUGCUUGAGGUCAGUAUUAGGCAAAUUACUUCCUGGUUUUGGUCCGUUUAGACGUCUUUGGUCCAUGUUGGAUUCAUAUAUCAACCGAACCGUACCAGAGUUUGUUUGGAAGCGGACCGAGACCCACUUUUCAGACGGUCUCUGUUCGCUUGUUUAGUGCGCACCAAGGUUCGGGUGACAGCGUUCACACUUGUUCAAAUGAACCGCACUAACAGAGCAAUCGCACCAGAGUUCGUUUUAAUCGUACCAAACCUACCAAGUGUGAACACACCUUUAUUGUCAAAAUAUUACCGCAUAUUCUACCUCCCUGAUGAAAAAGGCGUGUAGAAAAUAUAUACUGUACUAGUUAAACCAUUAUCCAAAAAAUCAGGAAGGAAGAUACAUAAAACACACCAUUUUUUUUAUUAAAUGUUAUUAACCUCACCAUAGCCAAACAAAUUAGUUGCUUUGGCAUUGGCAAAUUGACAAUCGUGAGUCACCACGUACUAAAGCUAUUCCACCAGCAUGAUUAUGCACGUGCUGAGAACGGUUUAAAAUCGUGCCGUGCCGAACCGUGCUCAGAACCAUUUGGCCUGAUGGUGGAAAAGAAGCUGUGGUCUCAGAUCUGUCUUCUGGAUCUUACACCUGUCUUAUGGUCUCAGAUCUCUUUUUCUUUAUUUCAUGUAAAGUGUUGGUGCCCAAAGAAACUGUCUCAGACGUUAUCACGUCAGUUCAAAGUUAUCCAUCACAUCUAAGGAGGCAAACGGUGCUGAUUUGGUUUCUUGGUAAUAGCACAAUGUUGAUAGUGUCAGGCAAAUAUUGCAAAGUUGUUAAUAAGGCGCAUGAAUCUAUAAUGAGCCUAAUUUGCAUUGAAAUGAGGUGUGUUUGUGCUGAAAGAAAUGUAACUGGAUUGCGAGUGGUUAGUGAAUAAGACCUGAAAAUACUGCACACAAAAAUGGAGCAACGGUUCACUGAAGUCCAGCUGUGUGUUUAGUGUGUGGUUAAUCUUAUAGUGAUUUCUGUAGAGCUGUUUUAGUGGACUGGAUUUUGCACUAGUGUGGAUGGGUUUCACCUUGCUAAGAGAUUUGUACUGCUGACUGAAGCCACAGAUGGAAGAAUUGCACAGAUGGUUUAACCCUUACUGAUCCACUUUAGUUAAUCUGUGACACACACACGCGCACACACACUCCUGAAUCUCUCUAAUCCUCUGCCUCUGUGCUCUACCUGCUGUUUCCAUCGCAUUAUGUCUAAUAAAUCUUUAUCUGACCGCUGCCCUCUCUGACAUUCAGCCCAGGACGAUAAUGUGCAUUAAUGUGGUCCAUAAUAUUCUUUUAUACUGAUGAAAAAACACUGAUCAAAGAUCUAAGGUGAAAAAUCUAGUAUGAAAAAUGUUUAAAUUGUUCUGUGCAAUAAAAGUAUUAUGCAUUUUCUUUUCGUUUUUUAUUUUGAAUUAACACAAUUUUAUUGAUGUUGAAUUGUUAAAAAAUAUGGUAUGUUGUAUUAAACA